AUGAAAACCUACCAUCCAGAUUGCCAGAUGAAGUUCAGCAAGAACCACGUCAUCGCGGAGGUCAAGGUGGUGAAGGACACCACCCCCUUGCUCGCCCGGCAGGAUACGUGCAAGAUGGGGGGUUGUGGUUACUGGAGGCGCAUCAGCACCUACCUCUGGCUGCUGACCGGCUUCCCUCUCCUCGCCGUCGCCCACUCUCUGGUCUGCCUCAUCUGCUGGCUUCUGGUCUUCUUCAUCCCCACCGCCAAGAUGAGCCUGCGCACCGUCACCACGAUUUUACUCCUGCCUCCCGAGUGCGUCCAUAUCCAGCGCCUGCGGAAGACGGAAGUCCCCUUAGAUGCGGAAGUGGUCCUUUGUUGUUACCGGGCGGUUUGUGCGUAUUAUUACAAAUACGCUGUGGAUGGGAUCAACGUCUUCGCUGUCAAUCUCCUCCCGUUGGUCAUCGUGACUCUGACUUUGGGCUACGCCGAUAAGCACAACCACUACACCGGCUCCGUGACCAAGUUCACCCUGGCCUUGCUCUCCAUCAUGCCUCUCUCCUACUACAUCGGCAUGGCGAUCGCCAGCAUCUCAGCACAGAGCAACUUUGCGGUGGGGGCCGUGGUCAACGCCACGUUUGGCUCCAUCACGGAACUCACCUUCUACAUCACGGCCCUCAUCAAGGGGGCUCGCGAGAAGAACCGGUGCUACGAGGAGAUCGUCAAGUCUGCCCUCACCGGGACCCUCCUGGGCUGCGUCCUUUUCAUCCCGGGACUCUGCAUGGUGAUUGGCGGCAUCCGACAUCAGGAGCAGAGGUUCAACAGCCGAUCGGCCGGGAUCAGCUCCGCUCUCCUGUUCCUGUCGGUGGGAGGUGUGUUUGCCCCAACUCUCUUCUCCAAAGUCUACGGAAGGCUGGUCUGUGGGGAAUGCCAGAACUUCACCCAGGAACUCCCCGGGCACUACGUCUGCCAGAGCUGUCACUUCGAUUUGAUGGAGAACAACGGGACUCUGUACUACAGCCAUAUCGAACCCCUGGUCUACACGGUGUCUUUGAUGCUCCCAGCCGCCUACUUCAUCGGGCUCAUCUUCACCCUGAAGACCCACUCCCACAUCUACGACAUCCACAUCAGCGACUGUCACAUGCCCGGUCACCAUCACAGCGCUGUGGUCCACUGGUCCCGCUGGAGAGCCGUGGUCAUUCUCCUGGUGGCCACCCUAGGCAUGUCCGCCUGUGCCGACCUGGCCACCGAGCACAUCAGCCCCAUUCUGAACAACUCCCCCGUCUCUCAGUACUUCAUCGGGGUGACUGUGCUGGCCAUGGUGCCCGAGAUCCCAGAGUUGAUCAACGGAAUCCAGUUUGCCUUGCAGAACAAUCUCAGCUUGAGCAUUGAGAUCGGGAACUGCAUCGCGGUGCAAGUCUGCAUGCUACAGAUACCCAUCCUGGUGCUCUUCGCCGUCUUCUACCCCACCGACUUCAUCCUGGUCUUCAGCGACCUCCAUGUCUACGCCAGCAUGUUCAGCGUGGUCCUCAUGAAUUACAUCUUUAUGGAUGGCAAGUGUGAUUACUUCCAAGGUACCGUGUUGGUGACGGUCUAUUUCAUCCUCCUGGCUGUGUAUUAUUUUGCCCCUUCUCCUGCUGGCUGCUGA